GUUCCCCUCUUUUUCUAGGUUUUCUGUUGUAUGUAUUUUGCGCUGUGUGUGUUCGACCGUUCAGCGUUUUAGCACCGAACAACGUCUUUUUAGUACGCAAUCAGAACUUUGUCGCUGGAGGUGUGAAUAGGUGUGUAGUAGGUUUCUUGUUUAGUUGUUGUCGAAUAACGAUCAAAAAUGCCAAGUUACAAACUUACUUACUUUAACUUCACUGGAAGAGCAGAGCCAAUAAGAAUACUCUUGCAUUAUGGUGGAAUCCCUUUUGAAGAUGUUCGCGUCGAGAAAGCUGAUUGGCCAGCCGUAAAACCAAGCACACCAUUUGGACAGGUACCAGUUUUGGAAGUAGACGGAAAGAAAUACACGCAAGGAACACCCUUGGCUAGAUACGUAGCUAAUGUUGUGGGUUUAGUAGGAAAAUCCAAUGAAGAAAAUUUGGAAAUCGAAAUUGCAAUUAAUAUUGUGUCAGACAUCCUGAAAGCUGCCUACGAAUCUCAUUUCGACCCUGAUGAAGAAAAAAAGAAACAACACUUAAAAACCUUGCAUGAAUUGCUUGCUAAAUAUUUCCCAGUUCUUGAUGAAGCUGCUAAAAAGAAUGGAGGCCAUCUUGGUACUAACAAGCUUAAUUGGGGAGAUAUCUACUUUGUAACGGCUUAUGAAGAUAUUAGAAACAUACUGGGAAAUAAAGACAUUGUCGAAAACUAUUCCGGAUUACAGAACCUGAAGAAGAAUGUCAUCUCAGAAAAAAAUAUUAAGGAAUAUAUUCAAAACCGACCAAAAAUACCAAUCUUUGUAUACGAUUUGAGAAGCGAAUUGUAAUUUUUUUAAGGCAAUGCAAAAUGAAAUAAAUGUUUUUGUCAUAUACACUUAAAACAUAUACGUAUUCUCUAUCAGUAUAGUGCUUUCACUAAAAAAUAUAUACCAAUUGCAAAUUUUUGUUACUAUUUUAUUUUUUAUUAUAAAUAAAAAACAUUUCCUCUCC